AUGAUGAAAAACCUCAAAAGUGCGAAAUUAUGCAGUAGUUUAGCCAGGAGGAGAUGUUCCACUCUACAGAAGGAACAGGUGCCCUACCAUCCUGGAGGGCUGGAGGUGCAGGAACAAUUCUCCCAGGGGUUGAACCACCAGGAGAGGUACAGCACAGUACAUGAUGUAGGACGCUCUAGGGGGUAUUGGUACAAAAAUAAAGAGAAAAAGCGGUUUAUUAUGUUCUAUGAAGCUAUAUCUAAUUGUGGUGUGGUGGGGAGCCAGGGAUUGAUGGGGAGGGUGUGGGAAAGGUUGAUAUUUGGGAGAAUACCCCAAAUGGGCUAUGUUUUGGGUGUUGCGGAGGAGUUCCCACGAAUCAUUCAAAAAGUCUUGGUUAUUAUGAGUCAAAAGAUAUCCCACGCACAAUCUAUGCACGAGCUUUGCAACGGGCCUCGGCCGUCGUACGCGCAACUCGAUGGGACAGAAUUUGAGUUUGAGAUACGGAGAGGGAAGAGGGCGGUGGUUCCGAGGGAGCAGGCACGGUUGAUCGUGCACGAGGAGAUAACUUUCCUACCAGGAGCCCUAACAUGGCUGCAGGGGUCGACAUCCGAAGGAUUCGCUCCAGACGAUGCUGGUGCUGGUGCUGGCCCUGAAUGA